AUGGACACAUGUGAUGGUCGUAAUUCAUUUGCUUCCAAUUUUCUGCGGUCUACAGGAGCUGAAAUGGUGCAUGAACUAAUUGAAUACUGCGAACCUGAAUGUUGGAUGUCAAUCACGUACUACGAAGAAGGAAAGCGUAUUGGUGAUCCUUUCAAUGUUAAGUCACACUAUUUACUCGUUGAUGGGUAUCCUUCUCCUAGUUCGGAAGAGAGAUUUUGUCUGGGAUAUUUUGACGUGGAAAAUCGCCCACUCACCGUCAUUGAUGCCCGCCGUCAGGUGGGCCGAGGAGCGAGAUUCUAUUAUAUAGGAGGAGAGGUCUAUUGUGAAUGUCUUUCUGAUGCAGCAGUUUUUGUUCAGUCUCCUAAUUGUAACCAACGUCAUGGUUGGCAUCCAACAACAGUUUGUAAGAUCCCUCCUAACUGCAAUUUGAAAAUAUUCAAUAAUGCGGAAUUUGCUGCCCAGUUAGCGGAGUCAGUCGAGAAAGGAUAUGAAGCGGUAUUCGCACUUACACGACUUUGUACUAUACGAAUAUCGUUUGUAAAAGGAUGGGGAGCGGAUUACCGAAGGCAGACGAUCGAUGCAACACCUUGUUGGAUUGAAGCUCAUUUGAAUGGUCCUUUACAGUGGAUUGACCGCGUAUUACGGAGUAUGGGUGCACCGAUGGUUGUACAUUCUUCUUUCACCUAG